CACCAACGGAAUUGAAUUUGCAAUCGAGACGUUCCUUGACAUUGCAUUUUGACGAUGCAUCUCAGAAUUGUCUUUGUUUUCGUUACUUUCUUCUGGUCUGUACGAUCUCAACCGGAAGAAAAUUCUUCUAUUAUUUACUCUACAAUAAACGAAACAAGGAAAAUAUUGAAGAAUGUAGAAUCAAACUAUCCUACAAGACAACCCAUUUUAAUAGAACGAAGCAACGUUAUAGAAAAUCAAACCAAUUUCAAAGGAAAUAUUAGUAACAGAGAGGAAACAAGUAAAUACGAAACGAAAGAUUUUGAAAUCAUUGGAAAAUAUGUUUCGAAGAACGGCAGUGAUCCUUCAACGAAUAACACCAAGACUUUCGUAUUCGAGAGUCGUGAUAAUCAAGGAAAUUGGGGACCUCAUGAAAAAGAUAUUCGUGAAGCUGUUGAUUUUGGAUUGCGAGCGAUGCAUGAUCUUUACAACGUUAAAGAACCAAAAUUAUAUUCAAUGGGACUCUAUCUUGGAGCUGAUAAUCCAGCAAAAUAUGUGGCAGCUUUCAAUGAUCAAACGGAAGAAGCUAGGAUGCUCGCUAAAUUCAGUUAUGCGGUCCUCGAAGGCGCAACUAUGUUUGUCAAAAAAUUUCCCGAUAUGUCAAGAGAAUUUCCUCUUUCUCGCAACGGUCAAGCAACGAGAUUGCAACGACAAUGUCCGAGAAGAGGAACUCCUCGAUGUCCACCAGCUAGUUUAAGAUAUAGAACUUCGGACGGAAGUUGUAAUAAUCUUAAGAAUCCUUGGUGGGGAUCAGCAAUGUCAACUAUGCAAAGAUUCUUACCACCGAGUUAUGAUGAUGGUAUACAAAGCAUUAGAAGAUCAAAAGAUGGUAAUCCAUUGCCAAGUCCACGUGUAAUUUCCGACGUGUUACACGAGGACAGGGAUAUACAAUUGGCAUCUAUUACACACAUGUUGAUGCAAUGGGGUCAAUUUGUGGAUCACGAUUUAACAGCAACUGGACAAAGCAGAGGCUUCAAUGGAUCGGUACCUCAGUGUUGUUUAAAUUCAGGUCUUGGGUUUCAACCCGUCGAAUUUACGCACCCGGAAUGUUUGCCAAUAGCGGUAGACCCUCAGGAUAGUUUCUUUGCUCGUUUUGGUGUGAAAUGUCUCGAGUUUCUUAGAAGUGGAUCAGCACCCAGAGAAGACUGCCGAUUUGGCGCUCGUGAACAAUUAUCUCAAGUUACAAGUUAUUUAGAUGCAUCCACGGUAUACAGCAGCAAUGCUUUUCAAAGUGACAAUCUCAGACUCUUUAGAAACGGUUUAUUGCAAUACGGCAAAAUCCAAUCCCAAAGACCUUUACUACCCAAACAAGAUUCGGAUCUUUGCAAACGAGGUUCUUUAUCAACGAAUUGCUUCAGAGCAGGCGAUGGUCGUUUGAGCGAACAACCAGCUCUGACGUCCAUCCAUAUUGUAUUCUUAAGAUUGCAUAAUAGAUUAGCGACGAAACUCGUCGCACUGAAUCCUCAUUGGAGCGACGAAAGAAUAUUCCAAGAAACUCGUAAGAUUAUCGGGGCGGUUGUGCAGCAUAUUACUUAUCGCGAAUUCUUACCGAUCAUACUAGGGAACGAGGUAAUGAAGGUAUUUGAUCUCGAAGUCUUAAUAAAGGGCUAUUACGAUGGUUACGAUUCUUCUAUUAAUCCUACUAUAGCAAACUCGUUCUCUACUGCCGCUUAUCGUUUCGGACAUUCAUUGGUUCAGCAUAGUUUCCUACGGUUCGACGGAAAUCAUCGACCUUUCUUUAAUAACGUCUCAAUCCACGAUGAAUUUAGAAAUCCAGAAAAUUUGGAGACAGCAGGAUCGGUAGACCGUCUUCUUUUAGGAUUAGUAAAUCAGCCGUCACAGAAAAGAGAUGAAUUUGUAACGAGUGAAUUGACACGUCAUUUAUUCCAAACGCCAGGUUUCCCUUUUGGGAUGGAUCUGGCAUCUCUCAAUAUCCAAAGAGGACGAGAUCAUGGUAUACCACCGUACGUUGAUUGGCGAGGACCAUGCGGCUUGUCUCCUAUCAAAAGUUUUGCCGAUCUUGAGAAAAUUAUGUCACCUAAUGCUAUGAUAAAAUUUCGAACUUUAUACUCUCAUGUAGAAGAUAUUGAUUUAUAUUCUGCUGGACUGGCAGAAAAUUCGGUUCGAGGUGGUUUAGUGGGACCAACAUUUGCUUGCAUAAUCGCGCAGCAAUUUAGUAACCUUAGACGUGGUGAUCGAUUUUGGUACGAAAAUGAAAAAGAGGAAAGUGGCUUUACUUCUAGGCAACUUCAACAAAUCAGACGUAUCACAUUUUCGCAAGUUCUUUGCCUUACAAUAGAUACCAUCAAAUCCAUUCAACCAUUCGUCUUUCUAGUGGCCGAUACAUUCAGAAAUAAACGUGUAGAUUGCGACGAUGAAGUAAUGACACAGUUCAGCCUUGAACCUUGGACCGAACAACCACCGGAACAAAGAAGUGGAUCGGGUAAUAUAAAAUUAUCAGAUCGAAAGAGAACUGAUCGAGUUCGUAGUACAACCAGCAAGUCUGUUACAAGUCUGAGACAAGAAGCGACCAAAGAAAAUGUUAAAAUCAACACGAAAGAACAAACGAAGGCUUUACCUCAAAGAACAAAACCUUUUAAGGCUAAUAUCAAUCAGCAUAAUAGAAUCAUCGUGAAAAAACCUUUGGGUCCAUCCGACAACGUUACUAUAGUCGUCCAGAAUAAUGCAGUGAAUUCGCCCGUCUUCGUUAACGAUGCAAUUUAUGGUUCGUACAUUCAAAUACAAACGACCACUCAAAGUCACAAGGAUGUUCCGAGACCGGAAUAUUUCAAUUAUCAAACUAAUGGACAAUAUAAUCCAUUAUCGUAUGAUCAAGGAUCAUUUAAUAUUCCUAUUCACAGACCUCCUUCAAAACCAAUACCAACUGUAAUUCCUGAAAGAUCUGGAAGUUCACAAAACAGAAAACCAUACGUACCAUAUUCUUACGACGAUCCUAACAAUCCAAAUCCUUUGAAUUAUGGUUACAGACCAAAUUAUACACCCGAGGAUAUCAUUUAUGAUAACUUUUCUCCUACAAGUCCAAGACCAACUUUAUACACCUACUACAUGCACACCCAACAAUUUAAAACUACGCAAAGACCCAUCCAUCAGGACGAAGGUCAUUCGAGUUAUUACAAUCCUUCUUACAAUAAACUAUCUACGGUGCAACAUUAUCAAGAAGCAAGUCCACCUCCCUGGAUAAAAACUAAACCACAGUUCGAAUCGAGCUAUCAGUCUUAUGCACAGAGACUAAGUUCAGAUGGUAUUACAAAUCCUCAUUCACAGUACAAUGGGAAUAUGAACAACAGACCGGAGUACUGGCCUCAUCAAGCAUCAAGUGCCAUAAAAGAUGAGAAUAUACAUUCUGGACAGAUGUAUUACAAUCAUGAUCAAGAUAAAUCUAGUAGCAAACCUUCUAACAAAGACGAAUCAGAAAUUUGGAAAUAUUCGACUAAUGUUGAGGAAGAUGACGGAUUUGCAACUUCUUUGAGCAGACCUUACAAUAAUCCUCAAGAAACAAAUAUUCAUACGAAUAGACCAAUAAAUAGACCACAUAACGAAAAUGAUCCUGACAUUUAUAAUGAGAAACCAUUCGAUACAUCCUACCCUAUUAUGCUGAACAAACCAAAUGACCAAAAUGGCUCAGGAAAUCUACCGAAUGUGCAGGUUUAUCAAGAAGAAACCAUAAAAAAUCCAAUCCUAAGUAAUCCCAGCGAAUGGACCGAUAUUCCAUCUUAUCAGCAAAGACCGACCAAAAGACCCGAUUCUACUAUACUAUAUGAAGAACCUUCGUAUCAGAAAAGUCCAAUUAAAACGCCUACGAUCGUUCAAAGCAAUCUUAGUUGGACGAAAGUUCCAUCAUACCAAGCGGAUUUAUCAAAAGAGACUAGCUAUCAGCAAAGACCGACCGUAAAACCAAAUAGAUCAACCAGCUAUUCAUUUUAUCAAACAAAUCCGUUGAACGAUCCAACGAACAAACCUAUCGAAAACACCGAAGAUAUCUCUUACCAAAGAAAACCAAUUCCACUUGUUCCUAUACAAGAGUUGACAAAAAUUCCAAACAAUAGUAAAAGUUCACGGCCGACAAAAAUACAAAGUGUUACCAUUGUCACCGAAAGUAUCGAGACAGUUCGACAUUCUGGAACUACCGGUUAUAGACCAGAAAAUAAAAUCAAUAAAGAAAUUCCAAGACCAUUGGAACUUCGACAAAACGAAGGAAAACCUGGACAAUACUAUUACGAUAAAAACGUUUUGCAUCGUUACCCCGAGAAAAUGGAAGAUGAUAUCUCUAAACAUGAUCACCGUCUUGUGAAGGACGAUGUUAUUUACAAUGGGACGAAAGAAAUUCUGACAGAAAACAAAACCAUUGUCGCAUUGAAUUUCACCGAUGUAUUUACGAAAGCUCACGUGAUUCAAAAUGACGACGAUAAAUUUAUAACGACUCCUACGAUCGUGAUCAAUGAUCCCGCUAAGAGUUAUAUCGACGACGAUCUCGACGGAGCUUUUUCCGAAAACAUCGAAAGUGUCACAACUUUGAACAGUUUACAAAGAACAAAUUACUGGUUAAAUUCCGAAGAAAAUCCAGAAUUGUCGUCCAUUUUGGAAAUGCCUAACGUUACAUCCGACGAAAGCAUAAGCGUCAAAGAAUUGCCUAAGCCUUUAAUUAAAACCAGUAAAUCCGCCUCUUAAUUUACGUUUCUUGGUAGUUUAGAAAGCUAUUAUUUUGUUCUUCUUUUUUUCUAUUUUAUUAUUAUCGUUAACCGUCAUACCUUCUCACGCUAUUUAUUAUCAAGUUCAUUCUUUAUUUUCAUUAAGUUUGUAUUUAUUUUCGUAGACGUACAUAGUUCCAUAGAGAUAAUAAUAGCGUCCGCUUACUUUUCAUUAAGAAAACUUUACUUUCUCGAUUAUUCGUAUUAAAUUUAAAAUGUUGACGAGGCUUACGAUGUAUACCAUUAAGAGACUCAUAGGAAAAUAAAAUAAUUACGUUAAGUAAC